GAGUGGGAGAGGGCGGGCCCUGUGACGAUCAGUAACACUAUAGGCCAGCAGCCAGCGUGCAUCACGAAGUGGGCCACGGAGUAUACAGCUGCAAAAAUGUGUUUUCAGUCCCUUCUACAUCAUCCCCAUAGCUGCGUGCUUACCUGGAAAUAAAACUUUGUAGCAGCUGCUGCAGCAUCAGAUGAUCCCCUGUGACGGACUGAAGAACGGCAUUAAACAUGAUAUCGGAGUAGGUCGGCUGCGUGUUGAUGGUUCAGCGUGUAAAUGAUGUCGUACAGCAACAGGGAGCUGGUGGAGUUCUACAUAAGCUAUAAGUUGUCUCAGAGGAACUGUUCAAAGUCUCUGCUGAGGCCAGAGGAUGCUGGUGAUAGGACUGAGAAGAUCAGCUCAGCCGCCAGGAACGGGCUGCUGGUCAGCAGCAGGGACCGACCACCGGGGAAGUCCUGGCCGCCCCGCGGUGACAUCGAGGCUGUGAAAUCUGCCCUGAAGGACUCGGCAGACGAGUUUGAACUUCUCUACACGCGGAGCUUCAGUCACCUGUCGCUGCAGCUCGACGUCAACCCCGACACCGUUUACCACAGCUUCAAGAGCGUGUUGGACGAGCUGUUCAAGGACGGGGUCAACUGGGGGCGCGUGGUGGCCCUGUUCGCCUUCGGCGGCGUGCUGUGCGUGCAGUGCGUGGAGAGGGAUAUGAGCGAGCUGGUGUCGCGCAUCGUGGACUGGAUGACCGUCUACCUGGAUGAGCAGCUCAGUCCGUGGAUUGAGAGCCAGGGAGGAUGGGACAGCUUUGCUGAGAUUUACGGACGAGAUGCCGCUGCAGAGGCCAGGAGGUUCCAGGAGUCCCUGAAGAAAUGGCUGCUAGCCGGAGUGGCCCUGCUAGCUGGGCUGCUCCUGGGCAUGUUCAUGGCUAAGAAACGUUAAAGGUUCUGCAUGUCCUCCCCCUUCGUCACGGCACGCCACGUGUAAUGCUUUGCAUACUCAAAAGAAAAAAAAAAACAAAAAAACUAGCUAGUUAAUGUUUACAUUUUCAUAUACAGAGCCCCUCAGCUUGUGCACUGACAGAGUGUGGCCUGACUGAAUUCAAGCAAACUGUUGAAGUAACCAAAUUAUGUAGCUCAACGACCCAAUGUGUUUUUCACCCCAAUUUUCCCGUUACCUUUUCUUUUGUAACGUCCGGCAGUGUAUUUUAAUUGUUCAGACUUGAAGUGCUUUAGAGUAAUAUAAGCUAUACGAAAGUGAAACAUUCAGCUGGUUUGGUGAGUUUGCUUCUAUUUUUGUCUUUUGUGCAUUAUCCCGGGACCAAACUUAACAUCUCACAAACAGCUGACACAAAAUCUAAGUUAUAUUUUAAUUUUUUGUUUUUUAUUUUUUUUUACUGUGUAAUGCUCAACUCCUUUCGUUGGCUGUACUGGAGUUUUAGGCAUGCUUCAAAAAUAAAUAUAUUUAUGUUUUU